CUCUUGCUCCUCUUCUCCCUCUCCUCCCUCUUCUUCUUCUUCCUCCUCCUCCCCCUUCGUCUUUUUUCUUCCUUCGUCUUCAUUCCCCUCCGCUCCUCCUCCACUGCUUGCCGCCCACUUGCCGUCGUCACCCUCGACACGUUUCUAUUCCUCGCCAACCCUAAUAGCACACCUCCCCCGCUGCACUGUAGCCACUCCCUCCCCCCUUCUCCUUCCUUCUUUUUUUUACCCUCUCAACAACCAUGUCUGCAGGCGCACCCUCUACACCAGCGAUCGUUCCUUGCAAAUACAAGACCGGCCGGACACUUGGUCAGGGCACCUAUGCUGUUGUCAAAGAGGCGGUUCACAUUGAUACCGGAAAGAGAUAUGCCGUCAAGGUGAUCAACAAGAAGCUGAUGGAGGGCAAGGAACACAUGAUCCGCAAUGAGAUUGCUGUCCUCCGCCGAAUCUCCAUUGGCCAUGCCAACAUCCUCACCCUCGUCGACUACUUCGAGACCCUGAACAACCUGUACCUGGUGACAGAGUUGGCUGAGGGUGGCGAGUUGUUCGACCGAAUCUGCAGAAAGGGCAACUACUACGAACACGACGCGGCCCAUCUCGUCCGCACCAUCUGCAGUGCCGUUGCCUAUCUGCAUGAGCAGGGCAUUGUUCACCGAGACUUGAAGCCCGAGAACCUGUUGUUCAAGACCCCAGCCGAGGACAGCGAGUUGCUGAUCGCCGACUUUGGUCUGUCGAGGAUCAUUGACCAAGAAAAGUUCCAUUUGCUGACCACGACCUGCGGAACGCCAGGAUACAUGGCUCCCGAGAUCUUUCAAAAAUCGGGACAUGGCAAGCCUGUGGAUAUGUGGGCCUUGGGCGUAAUCACCUAUUUCCUGCUGUGCGGCUACACCCCAUUUGAUCGUCAGAACAGUAUGGAUGAGAUGCAUGCCAUCUUGAACGCCGAGUAUCAGUUUGCGCCUGUAGAGUACUGGCAGGGUGUUUCUGAGUCAGCAAAGUCAUUUAUUAACGGAUUGCUGACGGUCGAUCCUAGCCUCCGAAUGACGGCUGCGGAGGCAUUGGAGCACCCAUGGCUGGCACAGUCUGUCCAGAGACAACAGGAGGCAGAGCAAUUGCUGCAACAGCAACAGCAGCCCCAGGAUCAGGGACCCCAGGAUAUGGAGGGAGUCGCGCCCCACGAUCUGUUGCCUUCCAUGAUGUCGCGUAUCAAGGCCCGUACAAAGUUCCGCAACGCUGUCGGAGCUGUUAAGGCGAUUAACUCGAUGCGAAAGCGACAUGAGGAGUUGCGUGAGGUCCAUCCCGAGGAGGUGUCGCAUGUCUUGAAGCGUGAGGAUGAAGAUAUGGUCUAAGGGACGUUAUCGAGGGAGAGGGAGAGAGGGAGAGAGAAAAGAGAGAGGGAAAAGAGAGGGGAGAAAGAGAGAGGGAAAGACAAUACGAUAUCUAUUCUAUUUUUUCGACCAUCGUCGUUCAACGUUGGGUGUGAGAGAGCUUGAUCAGCAAGGACGGAGGUAGAGAGGGAGAUGGACGUGGGAUCUUGGGAUCUUGGGAAAUGAUUUACAUACAGCCUUGGAUUGAAUAAAAUGAAGUAAGAGACAAAUAUCUGUGGUUUUUGGCAUCUAAUGCUGCUGCUGAUGAUAUCGUAGGCACAAACAGUAUAUAUAUUCAAAUAAUAAAGGUCUUUUUUUCGUUUUUCGUUUUUCGUUUUU